AUGUCAAGUCCCGAUAAAAUGCAAAUAGUCAAGCCCGGUUGGGCGCAUACAGACGAGAAGGGUGCGAAGCAAAGCAUAUACUCCAUACAUGUACAUCCUCUUGGUAAAAGAGUGGCCACUGGUAGCUUGGACACGAAAAUAAAAGUUUGGGAUGCCGAGGUAGUGUUGGAUGAAACGAGAUCUAAUGAAGAGACGCUUUUGUGUACAAUGUCUACACAUAAUGGCGCUGUCCUGUGUGUUCGAUGGUCCAAUAUCGACGGCAGAUAUCUUGCGUCAGGCUCUGAUGAUCAAAUUAUAUUGAUUUGGGAACUAGACAACGUGUCACGUGACACAACUAGCGUGUUUGGGAGCAACGAGAAAAAUAUAGAAAACUGGAAGGUUGUAAGAAGACUUACCGCUCAUUCUUCAGAUGUUGCCGGCUUAUCGUGGUCUGAUGAUAACAGAUAUCUAGCAUCUUGCGGAUUUGAUUCUAACAUAUUCAUUUGGGAUGGUCGGACUUUUGACCGGCUCACGACACUUACAGCACAUAAUGGAUUUGUUAAAGGUCUAAGCUGGGAUCCAGUCGGACAAUAUCUGGCAAGCGAGUCAGAUGACAGAACAGUAAAAAUAUGGCGAACGUCCGACUGGCAAGUGGAGACUAAUAUUCAAGACCCUUUUGUCACGUCACCUACAAGCACUUUUUUUCAACGGUUAAGCUGGUCACCAGACGGAUCCCAUAUUGCAUGUGCCAAUUGCCAAGAAGGGCCUGUCGCCGUGGCAGCUAUUCUUCGAAGAACUGAAUGGACUACAGUUGUAUCUUUAGUUGGGCAUCAAAGUCCGGUCGAAGUAGUCAUAUUUACAUCUCAGAAUCUCAUUUUGUUCAAGGCCUUCAAUCCCAAAUUAUUCAAACCAUCAGAUGAAUCCUCAACAACUGGAACUAUCUGUGCCGUCGGAAGUCAAGAUCAUUGCAUAUCCAUUUGGUCAACGAACUAUGCUCGACCAUUGUUUGCCACGGAACAAAUAUUUGAACGCAGCGUCCUAGAUUUAUGUUGGUCUCCGGAUGGACAUACUUUAUUUGCUGCCUCAUAUGAUGGGAGCGUUUGCAUUCUUAGAUUUUUCGAGGGUUCGUUUGGUACGCCUGUUGCACAAGAAGAGAAAGAGCGAAUUUUAGAGCAGUACGGUUACAAAAGAAAAGACGCAAUAAUAAUAGAAAACACUGCGCAAUAUACUUUUGAAGAACAACGAAACAUAGAGAAGAAAUCGAAUCGCAUAUCAGAAAUAAUAGAAGGUCCUCAAACUACCUCGUCUUUCGAUUCACCAACGAUAAUCAGUGAACCUCACCAACCGCCUUCGACGGUUCCGUCUGUGCCUCCUCAACUGCCUUCUCAAUCAUCCAUCCAGCUUGGACAACAACAAUCUCCCAACAAAACCAAUAAUCCUGCGAUAACUAACGCAGGAUCGCCAACAUCCCCGAUAUCGAAUAAUACGGUUAUGUCAGAGACAAGUCCGGGAACGGGCACAGUAUCGCAGCCGUCAGGGGGUGUGGCGGUUUUGGCAGGUGGAAGUACAUUGGAAUCAACGUCGGCAACCGCAACUGGUGUCAAGAACCUCAGUACUCCAGUGCAGCAAACCGUUACUAUUAUGAAAGAUGGUAAAAGAAGAAUACAGCCGCAGUUUCUUCGUGGUCUAUCACCACCUGCUUCACAGCCGAUGACGACAUCAUCUUUUCCUCCAAUUACGGCUCCGUCAUCCAACCUACAAGCUUCGACGAAUGUAUUCCAACCUUCCCAACAACAUCAAGAACGACAGCAAUCUUCUGUGGAAAUGUCUCAGCCUUCAUCUUCUCUUCCGCCCGGUGGUAUUCCUGCGCUCUUUGUCGGCAAUAAACGGCAUGUGGCAGACACAGAGUCAGCGCAACCUUCUAGUAAGAGAAUGGCCUCUGCUAAAGGACGUCUUGAUACUGACUCAAGGACAUUACGAGCAGCAAACGAAUUACCAGUUGUCGCCAUGUCACAAGUGAGAUUGGGCGUGCCUGUUGUAAAAGAAGAGCUGAAAUUGGAAUUAGUUAAUGGGAUAAUCGAAUGUCGGAACAAAGACAAAGUGUCAAAGAUAACCUGUAGACGUAAAGGAGCCGUCGAAUGGAUAGACCAGGUGAAUAGUCCCAUAUUGCUCAUUGAUCACAAUGACACUUACACAACAUUUUCAUGUGAAGACGGAAGCGUUUAUAUUCACUCUUCUGGUGGAAGACGCAUAUUUCCACCUAUAAUGCUCGAAGCGCCAGCAUCCUUCAUGGACUCUAAUGAUAAAUAUCUGCUAAUAUUAACUCAAAUUGGCCUCAUAUACGCGUGGAAUAUUGCAACGCAAACUUCCAUUCUCUCGGGCGUAUCUCUGGCACCAGUACUCCAAGUUGCGACACUAUCGUCUAAUGAAUUCACAAAAACAACCAUAAAAGCCGCAUCUAUCACUCGCAACGGAGUUCCUCUUGUUCUUACAUCGAAUGACGACACCUGGUUAUAUCACAUAACAAUGAAAUCCUGGAUGCGCGUUGUCAAUUCAUCUUAUACUGGUCCGGACUUUCCACCUCCUACGAUUCCAAAAUGGAAGUUAGGUCUAAUCGGAAGAGCGGAAGAACAAUCACGCACAAGAAGAGGUGUUUCACAGGGACAGAUUUACCUCGAGAACCCGGGUGUUGGUCCGAGGGUGUUGGGACAUUUGGAGACCGUGUUGAGUGCGGCGAAGAUAAUUGACAGUCCAAGUGAAUUCAGACAAUAUUUAUUUUUAUAUGUGCAGCAGCUUACUGAUGCUCAACAGGAAGUAAAAUUGAGGGAAGUUUGUAAGGAAUUGUUGGGGCCGCCCGGGGGCCAAAGGUUAGUUGAAAAGUUGAGAGAAAGCCUUAAUGGGAAGUACACAAAAUGGUUGGGAGCCUACCUUGCUGGUUCUAAUCGUGCUUUACAACGAAUCGUCGAGGAGUUUGAUGAGGCACUCAAGCGUUUCUCACAACCCGUUCCAAUGGAAAUGUAA